UUUAUUAAAAACGUUACCAGUACUACUUGGAAAAGUAGGGUUUAAUUUUCCAAUUGAAACCUUCUGCAGCGCUACCUCUUUCUCCCCGCCUUCCUGCAAAUCGCAUUUACCUGGAAGUAAACUUCAUCUUUUAAAAAUCAACCAAGAAAAAUGUCAGGUGAGGAAGAGGUUGUUGCUGCAGUCGAGCCCGUUGCUGCUGCUGUAAUUCCGGGUGAGCCAAUGGACAUCAUGACUGCCCUACAACUUGUGCUUAGAAAGUCACGGGCUUACGGCGGUCUUGCACGAGGUCUUCAUGAGGGUGCUAAAGUGAUUGAGAAGCAUGCUGCACAGCUCUGUGUUCUAGCCGAAGAUUGUGACCAACCUGAUUAUGUCAAAUUGGUGAAAGCCCUUUGUGCAGAACAUAAUGUUAGUUUGUUGACAGUUCCAAGUGCAAAGACCCUCGGAGAAUGGGCUGGUUUGUGUAAGAUUGACUCUGAAGGAAAAGCUAGGAAGGUUACUGGUUGCUCUUGUGUGGUUGUCAAGGAUUUUGGAGAGGAGCAUGAAGCCUAUAAUGUUGUUUUGCAGCACGUGAAAGCUAACUGAGUUGCAAUUUGCAUUUCAUAUUUGGUUAUCAAUUUGAACUUUUUGUAUGAGUUUAGUGAAUUUCAGCUCUGCAGUGGGAUUUUGGUGGAUGGUGGUUUAAAAUUUUGUUUAUCUCAUAGCUGAUCUUACUCAGUUGACUAUAUACUCUGAUUGUCUCUUUUACUGAGAUUGACCUACUGAGUGAAGUGUUUGUGCUAAUCAAGUUUCAAACUAGAAGAGUAACCUGAUUGGUAGAAAAUGUAUACUAGCUGUUAAGGAACAAGGAUCAAGCUCGAUAGUGAAAUAGAAAUAGAACUUGCAUUCUAGCAAGUAUGGUAGAA